AUGGAUUCCCCAGACUUAUCGAGCAUCCGGUCUCAUAAGCUAACCCCAGGUGCACCUUUCACCCAAUACAACUUUUAUUUUGCAUAAUAUCUGGUUGAAAAUCAUACUCAAUGUUAUUGAGUAAAUUAGACAGAAAUAUCAAUAAUUUUCUCUCUCUCAUGGUUUUUGGAGGACAGGCUAAUAGUGCAAUCAUCCUCAUUUUACAUGCCAAAUGGUCAUAUUGCAACUUGCAAGUCUCACUUUCUGGUUUGUGAAUUAAAUUUUCUGUUUGAGAAAUCCACUUUAGUCAAAGUUCUUUACACUUAUUCAUAAUAACCAAAUUGAUACAAAUAUACACCAAAGACAUACUAGCUAGUAGGAACUCAUUCUCGUUCAGCCUUACUGUAAACCAUACUAGAAGAAAAACGAUCCAUGAAUUAUUUGAAUAGAAAAAGGAAAAUCACAGGAGCGACAAGCAACUGAAUUACUGUUCCAGUACAGCGGCCUUUUGUUGAACAGGUGGAUCUUAGUGCUGAUAUUCGGCUCACAAGGGUUAAUUCAAAUUGUGGGUGGUGCGAGUCAAGGGGUGGACGAUGUGUUAUGAUGGACACCAAUUUUGGUGAAGAAAUGUUCUUUUGUGACUAUUUGCCUGCACCGCCUCGCGAUGAUAAAUCCGAGUUUCCGAAAGGCGCAAAGUAUGCCAUAGCUGUGGGAGCUGGGGUACCGAUAAUGUUACUCCUGAUCGUGCUUCUAUGUUGGAUAACAUCUAGCAGGAGGAGAGCCCAACCAGUACUAGAACUAAGCGCUACUGUGGCACCACAACCCAUUGCAUUGGUGGGCCUAGAUGGACCCACGAUAGAAUCCUAUCCCAAAACUACAUUGGGAGAGAGCCGACGUUUGCCCAAGCCCGAUGAUAAAAUUUGCCCAAUAUGUUUGGCUGAGUAUCAGCCCAACGAGACCUUAAGGACCAUUCCUGAAUGCCAACACUCUUUCCAUACAGAUUGCAUAGAUGAAUGGCUUCCAUUAAAUGCUUCUUGUCCAGUUUGCCGCAAAUCCCCCGGGCCCAAUCCAUUAUCCCUUAGUGAAGCUCCUUAAUCAAGUCUCAUUUGAGUGUUAUACUUCAUCUUGUAAUUUACUGAAUGACUACACGAAAUGAACCUUAGUUUAGUGAAUUGAAGUUGGUCUUGUAUAAUGGGGACUCUCGGUUAUUGGGCACUAUAUAUGUACAAUGAGGUGCUCCCUGCCGGUUGUUAGAGAAUAUCUGGUUGAAAGUCAUACUCAAUGUUCUAGUGAAAACUAGACUGAAAUAUCCAUAAUUUUCUCUCUUGUGGUUUUGGAGUACAAACUAGUAGUGCAAUCAACCUCAUU